AGCUCCGGAGGUGGCAGCGAUGGCGGACGAUCUGUUUGACAGCAUCCUGUUGGCGGAUGAACGGUUCAGAGGCGAGGGCUUCAGGGAGGGGUUUGAAAGAGGGAGCCGCCGAGGGCUGCAGGACGGCCGCAGACAUGGAGCCUGUCACGGGGCCAAACUGUGCUCUGAGAUUUCCUUCUAUUAUGGGUUUGCCACCACAUGGAAAUGUCUCCUUCAACAUAACACAGAUCUCAAGUCAAGGAAGCGUGUGAAGACACUGGAGGCUCUCCUGGGUUUGGUCCAAAACUGUCCUCUUGAUGAUCCGCAGUCAGCGAACCUGCAGGAGAGCACAGAGAAGCUUCGAGCCAAGUUCAGACAGGUCUGCUCUAUGUUGAGUGUCCCCACUGACUUCAAGGAUUACAUCAAGACAACUGAGGGAACUUCAUUCUGAUCCGUUCUGAUGAGGGGGAGCAGAGCUGUGUCCUGGACUAAAGAGAGGGAAGCCUCACUGAUGUCAGUCUCAUAUGCAGCAGCAUGUGAUCUGUGUGCAGUGGACUCAUUAGAGUGCUGGGAGUGUGAAGCAGCAACUGUGUCAAUGGAACAUCAGGAAGAGUCACAGUCCUCGAGAAGCUGGAACGGUCUGAGGAGAUGAUGCAGUCUCUGCACUGUUGAACUGUCUGGAACUUAGCCUCAGAAAGACUCCAGAAACUGGGAUCAGAAGGAAGAAAUGCUGUGAUUGUACUUGUGUGACUGGUAGGAGUGGCUUUAUUGAUCCCUGAUUCAGGGCACUCAGGAACUUAUCUGCAGACCAAGGCAGUGAUGAAUAGACUGUGUGACCGAACUGCAAAAAGACAAGUAAAAAUGGCUGUUUGGUGUUUGAAGAGUCUGCAGCCUUUGGGGGGGUUUAACUAAGUUGCUGAUUUGAGUCGUGCUGAAAAGAGCAUUUAGUCAAGUACUUAAUGUGAAAUUUUGAAUGAAUAAACGUUAAAAGAUUAAGUUUUACGGUUAGAAUUAAAUCCACCUCCACUUCUGUACCUUUAAUAAAUCAACAUUUUGACUGCAGGAAUUUGA